CAAUUAUAUAAGCGUGUAUUUAAAAUUUUAAGAGGUGCUCUCAAACGGGAAAAGCAUUUAUUUCCUUGGGCUUACUUGUACAACAAAAAAUUGAAAAGUCAGAAGUUUUAUUGAUGUACUGCACCACCAAGUCUCCCACACAGUUGUUGAAACAUUUUGUCUCACACAGGAAAAACGGCUAUUGACAAUCAAUGGAGAUGGUGCCUAUUGCUGCUACUGAUUCACAUGAAAAUGAUCAUAUGUGCAAAGAGCUGGGCAUUGACAUUACAAUAGUCAUGGAUAAUGAUCUUAUUUGCGACGAGUCGAUCAUUGAUGUUUUAGCUGCCAUGGAGCCAGCCCGGUGGUCUGAGUGCUGCAUCUAUAGGACUCCCUGGAAAAUUCGCAAAAUAAAUAAAGAAGCCUACACUCCAAAGGUAAUCUCAAUAGGCCCUUUUCACCACGGUGGAAAUGAAGUAAGGGAUGAGGACAGUCAAAAAGAAUUGAGGGAUAUGGAAACGUUGAAAGUGAGAAAAUUAAAGGAAUUUUGUGAUCGGACUGGGAAAUGCCAGAAGGAAAUAGCAGGGAUCAUUGAAAAAAACCAAGAUAAGAUUCGUCGUUGUUAUUCAGAGAGCUUUGAUAUCAGCAAGGAAGAUUUCAUGAAGAUGGUUCUAUUGGAUUCCACCUUUAUCAUCGAGGUUUUAUUGAGGGCUGAUGAUAGAGAAAAAUAUAAAGACGAUUUUACUGUAAGUAAUCCAAUGGUGGACGACAAUAUACGACUAGACUUGAUAUUACUUGAGAAUCAACUUCCGUUCUUUAUUCUCAAGGAGUUAUAUGAGAAAUCUUAUGAAAGACACAGUGAAAAGCCCAUUUUUCAGCUUGCCUGCAAAUAUUUUAGUCGCUAUAUCAAGAAAAACCCAGAAGGGGAGAAGGUGGAGAAAGUAAAACAUUUCACUGAUUUGAUCAGACUUUCAUAUUGUCCAGAUAAUCUCGAAUUCAAUGUAAGAAAGAAAAAUCCAUGUACUGCAACAAAGCUGUACGAGACAGGAGUGAUAUUCAAAUUGCAUGAAGGUUCACUUGACAUACACUUCCACAAGUCGCUUUCCACUAAAACAAGUCCAUGCCUCAAUUUCUCAUGGCUCUUAAAAUGCCUGCUGGGCUUGACAGGCUUUGGGUGCUUGGAACAUACACAACCUUUGUUGAAGAUCCCACGCUUCAUAAUAGAUGACGAUACUGAAGGCCUUCUCCGAAACAUCAUGCUAUUGGAGCAAUGUCAUUAUCCAUUCGAAGCUUUCGUAUGCAAUCAUAUGUGGAUAUUGGAUUAUCUUAUCAACAGUAAAGAAGAUGUGGAGUUGCUCAUUGAAAAAAAUAUUAUAUAUAACGAUUUAGGUAGCAAUGAAGUAAUUGCCGAAAUGGUAAAUAAACUUUGCAUUGAAAUUUCGGAAAGAAAGUCCUGUUACGCUGAUCUCGCUGAAGACCUUUGUGAUCACUAUGCGCAACAUUGCAAUCGUAGUAUGGGAUACUUGAGACGUACUUAUUUCCCUAAUCUUUGGAGAACCACUGUAACUGUUGUUGGUCUUAUAGUCUUUGGAUUUACUUUCUGGACUACAAUUAGACCUUAUGUAGCUCCAAAAAUAGAUUCAGUCCAUUGUGUCUGAUCUUGUGAUACCCUCUUGUUCCUAUUAGGGCUGUCUAUUUUAGA